AUGGACGUCGCCGUACUCAGGUACCUACAGCCAGCUAAAGCUGGUCACGAUGAGGAUCAACUAUUCGAAAACCGUAUAUGGAUACCGGAUAUUGAUCUGGGCUAUAGGUUGGCUGCCGUAUUAGAUGAUGGUCUCAAUGAUGUAUUAGUGGGAUUUCGUGACGAGCAAGGAUUCUUCGAGAAGUUAACGAUCAGUUGCUGUAAUAACAUGAUCCUCUCUGACGCCUCUCAAGAGGAUCAUAAGAAAAGUAUUCCUAUCUGGUGUCGCUAA